AUGGGGGCUCGCUUCCAUGCGUGGGACGGGCGGAAACGUGGGAGGUCCUCUGCCGUGGAUUCCACUUUGAAGAGAGCCAGGUUGGAAUUGGAGCGGCCGAUUCCAAAGCCCUUGGAGAAAGGCAUCCAGCAGCUGUACGACUUCAUGAAUUGUCGCGAAGCCAUCCGCCGACGUCGAGAGAAGGGUGUUCAGGGGGCCGCCUUGUACCAAGGACUUCCUUUGGAAUUUGCCACAUAUUUUCGACGAUUCUGCUGCCCCAACGUUCACCGCUACCAUGAUCGCACCACCAUUGGGUUGCAUCGCUUCUGUGCUGCCGAGCGCCGAUGGAAGCUGUGUCAGACUGAUGAGGAACGAAUGCGGCUGAAACGAUUGCUGGUUCUGAACUUUGCUGUCUGGCGUUUCAUUGGAGGAACCGUUUUAUUUGCUAGUGAGGUGGGUUUCUUGAACGGCUGGGGCGAGGACCAAAAGAGGAGGAUCCGAGAAGUCGUGGAGCGGGGCUUUCGGGAACGUCGAAUUCAGGAACUUUUUACCGACGCGUACAAAGGACCUGGUGCCAUACGGCAAGAGUUGACUCAUCCAAAGGCUGAUGAGGAUUCCUUGCUCAGAGUCUUACACAACGAAGGUCCCAAAGCCGUCCAGAAUUUUCAGCCCGACAUCACUUUCUACACAUUGGUUGGAAAGUUUCAGCUUAUUGACAAAGUCUGGCAGGACUGCUACAAGAUCCUCACUGCCGCGCUGCCGAAAGCUGGGCAGACGGAGUUGCAAGCGGUGUGUGAAAUCUUGGCGGAGCUUCCCUUCUUCGGUGCUUCUGAAGAUGGAAUUCGCGUCCCAGGCUUCUUUGCCAAAGAAUUGGUGCAGGAUUUGAUGGACACGCCCGUCUUUAAGGGUGGCCGUCAAUGUGUGAAAGACCGACAUAGCUAUUGUCCGGCCGGACCCGGCGCUUUGGAAGGCUUACGGCUGAUCUGUGGAUGUCGUGUCCACAAACGAGAAGCUGUGCAUGUGAUGCGGGAGCUUUUGGCCUCUAAGCACUUAUGGAAAUUUGGGACUGACUUGGACUUGCAUGAUAUUCAGUUUAUGCUUUGUGAACUUCAGAAGUUUUUACAUCAGGGCCAAAGCCUCCGAGACUAUGCAGGACCACAGUGUGUCAUUGGCUUGCCUUUGGACCCUGAAUUUAUCCGCCAUCGCCUUGAAGACGCAGUUCUGCUGGGUCUUGUGGCGAGUGCAGAUGAGACGGCGAUCGCUGCGCAGCUGUCAGAGUGGAUGGGAUUUCGACUACCUCUUCCCAAAGAUGAUCGCAUUCGGAGUGGGGACCACGUGAUUCUCAGGAAGGUGAAGGAACCUGUAUGUUUGCUUGAAUUGCAGGAGAAUGGAGAACUGGGCCCUGCAAAGGAUAACCCCACGCCCUUCAGGGUUGAACUGCCACGGCUUUCGCAGCCGUUGCGUAGCUGCGACAUGGCCUUCCUUCGUGCUCCCAACGGUGCGCACCUGGGCCCGGUGUCGCAGUUCUCGGCAGUGCAGCGGGGUGCGGGGCACCCGGAACUCUUCAGCGCCCACCCUGGGUCGGAUCGUUUCGCCUAUGCGAGACAACUCACGGUGAGGAAGGUGGGUGGAGGAGGGACGAGCGAAGGCGACCCGCUGCGGCUGGGGGACUCUGUGCUCUUGUACUCAGGGAUUCAGACAAAGGAUGACGGCAACGGAAAGAAGGCUCUUCAAGUAAGGAUGGAACCGGAGAUCAUAAUCACAGAGAUGGAAACGGAACUCAAGGACAUUGUCCAUGACGUGAUAUCUUGGGACUUUGACACUGAUGAAAUGGGAAAACUUCGUGUGAAAGAUCCUUUGAGAGUGCGUUCUCGCUGCAUCGGAUCGUCUUCUCGCAUGUCUCCUGAACUGAGGGCUUGGAGAAGCUCGAAGAGCAAGUUGACCGGCCACUGGGCGACGGAUUGCGGUAGCCUCUGA